AUGUCAAAUCUUGAAGAAUUGACAUUAUUUCUUAAAGUAAUAAGAACUCAAUUACCUUAUAUUGAUGGUACUCAUUUAUUCAAUGAUAUUCUCAUUAAUAUGCUAUUGUUAAACAAAUUUACAUUUAGUAUAAAUACUCAUGUUCUCGAUGGAGAUGUUAAAAUUGAUCUUCCAACGAAUAAUGACAUUCAAAAUAGUUUUAUCAAAAUUGGAUACAAACAAGUUGAUUCAUAUGUCGAUGUUAAUUUAUCGAAAAUUGGUGCCAAAUGCCAUGUUUAUUCACUUCCAUAUGAAUUUGAUACUUUUUUCGAUCUGACAAACUCAUUUCGGCGUGGUAAUUUCGAUAAAGUUCGAUGUUUGGCCAUGCAUGAUAUACAUCCAUUUGAACAUGAUUAUUUCAAAAUUAUCUCCCAAGAUUUUCCUUUUCUGCAAAAAUUAACUGUAAUUAAUUCUGAACCACAAAAAAACAAGCAACAUUCAUCUACAUUGAUUACAUUUGCUCAACUUAACGAACUCUAUCUGAUGGAUGUACAUAUUGAUUAUGUUGAACAAUUUCUCUUCGAAACAAAUACUCGUUUACCUCGAUUAAAUUAUCUUACUAUCAAUUAUGAACCAUUAGCAAUAGUUACAAACAAUUUUAUGAAUGAUGCAGCACGUUUCAAUUGUAGUCAAUUGCGAAACAUUUAUAUAUGUGAACCAUUUGUUCGUCCAGAAAAUUUUCAUUCAUAUUUUACUUCAUUGUAA